AUCUUGCAAUGCAUAAUUCAAUUUGAAUUCUGCACUUUUAUCAUGGAGCACAAUGGCUGCAAAACUUCUGGCAUGAAAGCUUAUGUAUCACUCAUACUAAUAUUAUUAUCAAAUCAAUCUGUGAAGGCCAAUAUCAGCAACCAACCAUGUGAUUUUCCGGCCGUUUUCAACUUUGGUGACUCAAACUCGGAUACUGGUGGCUUGUCCGCGGCUUUUGGCCAGGCUCCUCCACCCAAUGGGGAGACAUUUUUCCAUCGUCCGGCUGGUAGAUACUCUGAUGGGCGUCUGAUCAUCGACUUUAUAGUACAGAGUUUGGGGCUACCCUACCUCAGUGCAUUUUUAGAUGCUUUGGGUUCAAACUUCACCCAAGGAGCCAACUUCGCCACAGGUGGUUCAACAAUUAGACCUCAAAAUACAACUCGCCAUCAAAGUGGUUUAAGUCCCAUCUCCUUAAACGUUCAAUCAUAUCAGCUCAACGAUUUUUAUCAUAGGACUCAAAUUAUUCGCAAAGAAAGUAGGCUCUUUGAGGAAUUACUUCCCAAACUGGAAGCUUUUUCACGUGGUUUAUACACGUUUGAUAUUGGGCAAAAUGAUUUAACCGGUGGUUUGUUGUUAAACUUGUCAAUCGAUCAAGUCAAACAAUCGAUUCCUGAUAUCCUAGGUCAGUUCAAAACCGUCAUUCAGGAUGUACACAAUAAAGGAGCAAGAUCCUUUUGGGUACACAAUACUGGUCCAAUUGGGUGUUUACCAUACAUAUUGGAACAUUUACCAAUCAAGUCGGAACAAAAAGACAGCAACGGAUGUGCUAAUCCGUAUAAUGAACUAGCCCAAUUCUUUAACCUUCAGUUAAAAGACCUUAUAGACCAGCUACGAGAGGAACUUCCUGAGACCGUGAUCACCUAUGUCGAUAUUUAUAAAGCAAGAUAUACACUUAUUAGUCAAGCAAGCAAGCAUGGAUUUGAGCAUCCCCUUAGAGCUUGUUGUGGCUAUGGCGGAAAGUACAACUAUGACACACAUGUUGGAUGUGGCGGAAAAGUAAGCAACGGCGGGAAAGAGAUCUUUGUAGGAUCUUGUAAAGAUCCUUCGUCUAGGAUUUUAUGGGAUGGAAUACAUUAUACUGAAGCAGCGAAUAAAUGGGUUUUUGAUCAUAUUGUAAAUGGGUCAUCGUCUGAUACAUUGGUCCCAUUACACUUGGCUUGCCAUAGGAAAUGAGAACCAAACUAUUGUAAAUGCAAAUUUUAACACCAAUUUUUUUUAUUCCAUGUACCAUAGUGUCGUUGUGGUAAACAAUAUUAUCAUUACAAUAAAGAUUUGCAUCAAUUAUGUA